AGCGCGAGCGCUGCUUCCAAAACCGUCCACGAAUAGCCAGCGGAGCUUACUCAGCCCCGAACGCUCCUUGGUAGUUUUUCAACUCGCGCACUGCUCUAUACUAAACCGAAGUAGCCAUGGCUAUAUCCAAGCUCCACGACCUUCCGCAGGAGUACUUGCAAUAUAUGGUCGACAUCAUGCAAAAGGAGGGACACCACUAUUUCUAUCACGGAAGACGGUGUUGUUUAUUGAAUCUGUGGAUGCCAGUGGGAACCAUAGGUGUUUACACAUGCGCUCUGGUGAACAAUACUAAGGAAAACUGGAUCGAAUUGACACACGCGAAUGGUUCAAAAACUUCCCAUCAUUUUAGCCAUGAAAAGCUUCCCAAAGGUACGCUACUGCAUUACACAAUUCGCAUCUCAUUUACGAAGUACAUCGUAAGCUGCGAUUUCGACAAGACAAUUGCUGCGCAAGAAUCCGAGAAACCGAACUACAUUAACGCAAACUUCUCAGAAGCACUCAACAUCAUAAAUUUCGAUGUGGACGUACCAUACACGUAGAAGACGAGUUUACUCUCUGCAUUCACUCGUUUCCAGGGCUCCCGUAAUUAGCAAAAUCUGUUUCCUCAAAUAAACGAAUACUCCUGUUUCAAUAAAGUAUUAUCG